AUGAAGCGCAAGGCGGAAGCUUUGACGCAGUCUGCGGCUGAGCUCUUUGGUCUUUCAGGCCGAAAGCUUCUGCUGGGCGAAGGCAACUUUUCCUUCAGCUGGGCUCUGUGCCAGCUAACCACCGGCGCCGAGCUGACCAGCUCCUGCUUCGAGUCUUGUGAACAGCACCGGCAGCGCUUCCAGGCCAGCGAGGCAAGAGAGCAACAGCUGCGCGGAAGAGGGGUCCGCGUACUGCACGGCGUCGAUGCGACGGACCUCAAGACACUGCCAUCAGAUGUGAUUACGCCCUUCGACCGCAUCAUCUUUCAAUUUCCCCAGCACCCGGAGAGGAACAAGAUCCAUUUGAACCGCGAGCUCUUGGCCGCCUUCUUGAAGCAGAGCGAGGCCCUGCUCGCUGAGAAGGGCGAGGUGGUGGUGUCCUUGCUGCGAGGUCAGGGCGGCACACCCUUUGAGCUCGAGGAGCGGCGACCGAAGGACACCUGGCAAGUGCAGGAGCUGGCGAUGGAGGCGGGCCUGCUGCUGGUGCGGGUGACCUCCUUUCCGGAGGCGGAGCUGUCGACCUUGGGCUACCAGCGCACCGGCUUUCGAGGACAGGGCCUUCAUGGCAGCACCAAGGAGGUCUACCAGGAGCGGGGCUUCAACUCUGAGGGCAGCCUCACGCACUGCUUCGCGCGCCCAGGCGACGGGGUGACGGCAGCUUGCCCCAUCGAGCGAAGGCAUGACAUUAGCUUCUGGGUCGUCGACCCGAAGUUCUCGGAGGAUCUGCUUCGCCGCAGUUUCCCUGAGGAAUUCUGUCCACAGGUGACGCUGCUGGACGAGUACCGCAGCCCGCAGGAUGGCCGUGAAGCUCGAACCUACAGGCUCAGCGUCUCCAGCAGCACCUGCUGCAUUACGCAGGCCGCGCGGAAGCCCCCGGAAAUCAGUUGUCAGCCGGUGCAAUAA